UCUCAGGUGAAGUCAGCGGAGGACCUGAAGGUGAUGCAGGACUCCAUCACUCAGCUGCAGGCCAACAUGGCAGACAACGAAAACAAGGUCCAGGAACUCUCCGCCCAGAUACAGGAACUGCAGAAGAAGAGGGACCAAGAGGUUGGUGGAGUGCUGAAGGGUUUAGAGGAGACUCUGUCUGAGGUCCAGAGGGUCGAUGCUAAAGCCCAGAGUGCCGUGGACAUGAAGAAACAGAACCUGUUAGAUGAGACCAAGAAGAGGAAGGAACUGGUGAAGAGCAUGGAGGAGGAUAAGAAGGUACUCGUUGUUAAGGAAGGAGAGGUAUCCAAGGUAGCGGAGAAGCUGUCUGCCCUACAGGAGGAAGGUCAGAAGGACAGCGCCGCCCUAGAGGCCGCACAGUGUCACUUCAAGGCUGUGUCCGCAGGGCUGUCCACCAAUGAGGACGGAGAAGAGGCCACGCUCGCCGGACAGAUGAUGACCUGUAAGAAUGACAUGAGUAAAGCUGACACCGAGGCCAAACAGGCCCAGAUGAAGCUGAAACACGCCCAGCAGGAGUUGAAGGCCAAGAAGACGGAGGUCAAGAAGAUGGACUCUGGUUACCAGAAAGACCAGGAGGCCUUCAACACUGUCAAGAAGAACAAGGAGAAAAUAGAGGCUGAUAUGGAGAAACUACAGUACCAAGAUGGAAAGGAGGAGGGUCUUCUGGACAGGAAGAGACAGCUGAACCGUGAGGUCACCACCCUCAGAAAUACCUACGAGGGUCUGAUGUCCCGCUUCCCGAACCUACGCUUCGACUACAGUGACCCAGAGCGUGGCUGGGACCGGAGCAGAGUAAAGGGACUCCUAGCUAACCUGAUAACAGUCAGUGACGUGUCCUACUCUACUGGACUGGAGGUGGUGGCUGGAGGGAAACUCUACAAUGUAGUGGUGGACACUGAGGUAACAGGUAAGAAGUUGUUGGAGAAAGGAGAGCUGAAGCGUAGAUAUACCAUCAUCCCCCUCAACAAGAUCUCUGCCAGGACACUGAAUGACAGCGUGCUCAACGCCGCCAAGAGUCUGGUAGGGGAGAAGAAUGUCCACACAGCGCUGUCUCUGGUUGGCUACGAGGCAGACCUGAGGAAGGCCAUGGAGUACGUGUUUGGUUCUACGUUGGUGUGUGAUACUUUAGACAACGCCAAGCGAGUGGCCUUCGACAAGAGAGUCAUGACCAAGACUGUUACUCUGGGGGGAGACGUGUUCGAUCCUCAGGGGACGCUGAGCGGAGGAGCCCGUUCCCAGUCAGCCUCAGUGCUGUCCAGUCUCCAGGAGCUGAGAGAGGUGCAGGACAGUCUGUCAGCCACAGAGACGGCGCUACAGACUCUGGAUAAAGAACUGUCUGCUCUCAAGGGGACCGCUGAGAGGUAUCGUUUGUUAAAGCAGCAGUUAGACAUGAAGACAGAGGAGUUAGAUAUUCUCCAGGUUAAACUCCAUCAGAGCUCCUUCCAUAAACAACAGGAAGAACUGAAGAUGUUACUGAAGACCAUCGAGGAGUGUGAGGAGACCCUGCGCAGCAGUAACGAGGUCCAGAAGAAGGCAGAGGAGAAGUACAAGGUGUUGGAGAAUAAGAUGAAGAAUGCGGAGGCAGAGAGGGAGAAGGAACUGAAAGCUGCUCAACAGAAAGUCAACUCUGCUAAAACCAAGGCUGACGCCUUCAGUAAGAAGCUGAAGGAGAGACAACAGGAGGCUGAGUCCCUGGUCCUAGAGUUGGAGGAGUUGAAGAGGGAGCAGGCUGGCUAUCAACAACAGAUACUGGCAGUAGACGAAGCCAUGACGACCAUCCAGGAACAGAUAGAGAACAUGUCUACCACCGUGGCAGAGAACAAGGAGUCUGUGCGUAAGGCCCAGGAGGAGUUGACUAGACAGAAAGAGGUGAUCGUAUCCCAGGACAAAGAGAUCAAGGGUAAGAGUACAGAAGCCAACCAAAUGAGAGAGAGAACCAAUGAGUCUCAGCUGAAGAUUAAAGAGUUGGAACACAACAUCAACAAACACCGUAAAGACAGUCAGGACGCUGCUGCUAAGGUGUCUCGUAUGUUGGAGGAACAUGAGUGGAUCAGUCAGGAGAGAGGCCUGUUCGGCCAGCCCAACACGGGAUACGACUUCAAGGUCAACAACCCUAAAGAGGCGGGCCAGAGGCUGAAGAAGCUGGAAGAGUCCAAGACACGACUGGAGAGAUCUGUCAACAAGAGAGCCAUGAACAUGUUGAGUCAGGCUGAGGAGAGGUAUAAUGACCUGAUGAAGAAGAAGAGGAUCGUCGAGAAUGACAAGUCUAAGAUCCUCCAGACCAUAGAGGAGCUGGACCAGAAGAAGAAGGAGGCCCUCAACAUCGCCUGGCAGAAGGUGAAUAAAGACUUUGGCAGUAUCUUCUCCACCCUGCUGCCGGGGGCUGAUGCCCGCUUGGCCCCUCCUGAAGGCUGCGGGGCCCUCGAGGGUCUGGAGUUCAAGGUGGCUCUGGGAAACACAUGGAAGGAGAACCUCACUGAACUCAGCGGAGGACAGAGGUCUCUGGUAGCCUUGUCGCUGAUCCUGGCCAUGCUGCUGUUUAAACCGGCUCCCAUCUACAUCUUGGAUGAGGUGGACGCUGCUCUGGACCUCUCACACACACAGAACAUAGGACAGAUGUUAAGGACACACUUCACACACUCCCAGUUUGUGGUGGUCUCUCUGAAGGAUGGCAUGUUCACCAACGCCAACGUUCUGUUCAAGACUAAGUUUGUAGACGGGGUGUCUGCCGUGUCCCGUACCACCCAGGCCCAACCAGACCAGAACAAGGGACCGCGAAAAGGCCCGUCUCAAAGGCCGCAGGCACAGAAAAGAAUCGCUAGCUAGUCCAUGUCUGUAGCUAGCUAGAGGCUUACUGAUUUUUCUACCUGUCUGUCCUUUUAUGUGUUAUCAUUAAAGCCUUUUCCAUGAGUAUUUAGUUGUCCAUUCCACUAGCCGUCUGGCUUAACAUAAAACCUGCAAUUCUUCUGGCCUUGUAUACAGAUCUGUUUGUGUGUCUGGAAAUAUACUGUUCCACACCAUGUAUGACUGUUUUGCAUGUCUUGUUACAUGUUUCUACAGUUGAAUUUGUAAAACAGUAAA